AUGGUGAACGUGUUUACAAUAGUAAAGCCGAUUGUGCAUGGAGUGAUGAAGCUGGCUGGUAUUACACCCCACAAGGUGGAGAUCGAACCGGGGACGAUCAUGAAGUUUUGGGUCCCAACCCAAGUCGUCAGCCACCAAAACCAAAGACCAUCAACAAAUAAGCCGCCGGUGGUACUUAUUCAUGGAUUCUUCGCCGACGGCAUUCUUACGUGGCUUUUCCAAGUUCUGGGCUUGACAAGAAACUACGCCGUUUACGUCCCUGACCUCCUUUUCUUCGGGGACUCCAUCACCGGCAGACCUGAACGGACGGCGGAUUUUCAGGCCAAGUGCUUGGCCAAAGGGUUGAUGAAGCUGGGAGUGGAGAGGUGCAGCGUGGUGGGGUUUAGCUAUGGAGGGAUGAUUGCAUUCAAACUGGCGAAACUGUAUCCUGACUUGGUGGAAUCCAUGAUUGUGUCCGGAUCAGUUCCGGAGUUGACGGAAUCAAUCAGCAUGGCGACAUUGGAGAAGCUUGGGUUCUCGAACUGGUCGGACAUUUUGUUGCCGGAAACAGUGCAGGGACUCAGACGGCUUCUUUCAAUCGGGAGCUACUCAAGCUUAUUCUCCAGGUUUCCUAAUUUCAUCUUUAAGGAUUUUCUCCAGGCUAUGUUCCACAGCAGGAAAGAGAGAACGGAGCUUCUGGAGGCAAUGGUUGUCCCCGACCAGGAGUUUACACCCACAGCGUAUUCCCAGGGAAUUGAAAAACAAGGCCAGCUUGUACUGCAUAGAGAACGCCGGACACAUUUCUCAUCUAGAGCGACCCUGCAUUUACAACAACCACCUCAAGAAAAUUCUUCAGUCCCUCCACCUGUGAAAAUUUAA